AUGUCUUACCUUUUUGCAAGCUCGCCUUUGAUGUUCGGCAUCAAUAUAUGGCAAGUAGUCAAAAGUACCAUCACUCGUACUCAAGCAAAGCUCAAACAUACGUUCAGAUCACAUACUAAUCACUUGAUUCCGAUAAUUUUCCAGUCAGCUGAGAAAAAGACUGUUCCAUGCAGCAUGCAUAUCUCGUCAAAAUCAAACCCUGUCGUCGAGACCUCGUGUAUCUGCGCCAGUAGCUAUCAAGUCAGAAAUUUGAGGUGCGAGCUUCUAGCCGCACCCUCUGCAUUUGACCAAUGCCUUCCCGACAUCAUUGACGAGGCUGGAUGCAAGGAGUUCCCGAAGACUCAGUCGCCGUCGAAUGAGGAGAAAGAAUCUUCAUCAAUCGACAAUCUGCUUGCCCUUGACUCACUUUGCAAAUCAACUUCAUCAAGUGAAACUAACGAAGAAGUCAACUCGGAACCUAUCGAAGUCCAUAAACCAGAACCAUCAUCCUUCAAGCCGAACUGUGCCCCCUCGUCGUUUUUGGCUUUCCUAGAGGCAUCUCACCUUGAAAUGUCAGAAAGGCUUCGUAGUCAACAAUCACCAUCCACAACUUUGGACCUAGGAUGCGCACAAUUCAACUCGGCGUAUUAUCGCAGACAUCCUCCCCCAAGUCUCCCCAAACUGAAACUCAAUCAACCAUCAAAAAAGCCUUUCUGCUGGAAAUCAAAAUUGGACCAAAUCAUGCGAGAAUCAGGCGAGGAAUGCGAUGAGACGGUUGAAGAAUCCUCCACAGCAUUUGAUCGAGAGUUAACUGGAUCGUCUUCUUCAAAUUCUCGUCACUCUCGCUCUUCAAGUAUUUUAUCAGAUAGAACUUGCGUAGAAUCACCUGAACUUGUCAUCUCUUCAGUCAAAACACUUGAACCAAAACCCUUCUCGAGCACUCUAAUUCAUCCAGACACGCUCCCCCAACCUAUUGUUGAUGCCAAACCGAUUCUUGCAACACCGUCUACUGUUUCGGCUUGUACACCCUCUUCAUUUCUGGCUUUCCUAGAAUCAUCCAACUUGAAGAUGAUAACAAGGAUGCAAGCAGAAAAAUCAAAACAGUCGAACAUGGACUUAGGAUGUGUACAGUUCAACUCAGUUUAUUACAGAAGAAAUCCUCCUCCAAGCCUUCCCCGGUUGAAAGAGGUUAAAUCAUUGAAGAAGCCGUUUUGCUGGAGGACAACAUUAGAUGAAAUGAUGAAAGAUGAAGAAUGUGAAGAUAUAACAAGCGAGAUGGUUGAUGACACCAAGCCUCAAGUGUUCUCUCAUUCCUCUCCCGUUACUCCCAUUCCUCGUGCUCGUUCUUCAAGUUGUUCUUCUAUCGCCACAUGUGUAGAGGCGACACCUACUUCAAUGUGUUCAAAACAUGUUGUUUCAUCAAAUUCUUCUUUAGAUCUUUCGCUUUCUUUAUCAUCAUAA